AUGAUUGACCAACAUAUCCCAAAAGAUAACAGAAGAGGAGAGGAAAUAGUCUAGAAAUCAGUUGGUGAAGAUGGGAAAUAGAAAUAGGAUAUUUAACAUAAAAUCUAUACUAAAUAAGCAGUUGAAAUUGGGGAAUUGGACAAGAACAAUCCCAGAUACACAAAAUCAUAAUAAGUUAAUACUGAUUCUGUAGAUAUUGAUGAAAAAUUUGGUAAAAAAGGGAUGUAAUCAUAGAAGGAUUGA